UCCCAUCAGUUCGUUUCAUACCGUACAAGAUUCAGCAUCCACUCACUAUUUAUUUUACCAAGAAAUUUCCUAUACCAACCAAUUUACCAACCAACUAACUACCAAACCAACCAACCUUCACCAACAUAUCUACAUAACAGCAAAUAUUAAAUAAAGGGAACACUAACUAAACCAAACCAGCAAGCAGCAGGUAAAGUUGCUGAGAUCACCUUAUUUAUUUUGCACAUUAAAUACUCUCACCUCGUCACGUCACACGUCACGUCACGGCACGUCACAAUUUUCGUUGACUCAAGUUUUGAACAGUUUUUUGAAAUAUAAAAACAAGUGCAAAAACUUUUAAAAGUUUGCAAUUUUGCAAGAAUUGCAAAAUUGGUGAAGAAAAAAAAGUGUGAAAACAAAAACAGAAAUGUCGAACAAGACAAAGUUCAACUUGUCGUUUGCGGGGUGUGGAUUUUUGGGAAUUUAUCACGUCGGGGUGGCCGCCUGUUUGAAAAAGUAUGCCCCCCAAUUGGUCGUCCAUAAGGCGUCGGGUGCCUCCGCGGGGGCAAUUGCGGCUUGUUGUCUGCUCUGCGAUGCGCCAUUGGGUCAAAUAACAAAGGACGUUUUACGAAUUGCAACGUUAGCUCGAGCCAAAACACUGGGACCGUUCAGCCCUUCAUUUAACAUUCAGAAAAUUUUGAAAGACGGUCUUGAAAAGAUUUUACCAGAAGACGCGCACAUCAGGGUCAGCGGAAAGUUACACAUUUCCCUCACAAGGGUGUACGAUCGUCAAAACGUUAUCGUCUCUCACUUCAACUCCAGAGAAGAAUUGAUCCAGGUGAUUCUGAGCUCCGCCUUUAUUCCAUUGUUUUCCGGCUGGAUGCCCCCAAAAGUGGGAGGGGCUCGCUUCAUGGAUGGCUGUUACAGCGACAAUUUGCCAAUUUUAGAUGAAAAUACCAUCACAGUGUCACCAUUUUGUGGAGAAUCCGACAUUUGUCCGAGAGAUCCGACCGCAAAUCUAAUGCAGGUCAACCUUGCCAACACAUCGAUCGAGCUGUCACGCCAGAAUUUGUACCGAUUUUCCCGAACUUUAUUCCCCCCGAGGCCGGAAGUCUUGUCAAAAAUGUGCCAACAAGGGUUCGACGAUACGUUGCGAUUUCUCGCGAGGAACGACCUUAUCGGAUGCGACACGUGCAUGACGAUGGAGCAGUCGCUCAGUUUGGGGGUGGAGUUGGACGAAAUGGCGACAAAGAAUUAUGAGAGAAUCAUGUCUGAAGAAUCCUGCCAUCAGUGUAAAGUUCAAAAACAGGCCGCCCUGCUGGACAGUCUUCCCGACACGGUCGUGUCCAUUUUACAGGACGCCAUCGAAUCCGGAAACAAGGGUCUCCUCAACUGGCUCUUUUCUCACAAAACGAUGAAGCUCAUCUCCUUAAUGUCUCUCCCCUGUAUUAUCCCUGCCGACAUUGCCUACGCCACGGUGCUCAAACUCUUCGAGACUGCGCCCAAGUUAACGUACAAUUUGAGAGUGUUGAGUCAAGCCGUGUUACAACUCGUGGCACAAACACUAUCAAACAUUAGUCUUUCUCCGGCCGCUUAUUCAGCCAAGUUGACGUGUCAAGUCGCCAUCACGGAGUAUAAUGAAGAUAUCGAAGCUCCUUGUGACGAAAUGACCUCGUCGCCAUCCUCCCUUCAAAGGAAGCAGUCUAUCCGAAACAAGAUGAAUUUCGGAUUCACACUCAACAUCGAUAACGGCCGAUCUGACAACAUGCAAUUCAUCGACGACAAGAGAUCAUCCAUUGUCGAAUUCGGGGACGAAGAUGACGACACGUUUGAACGCUUCUUAUCCGUCACGUCGCACCAGGACACCCUAAUUUCUUCCUAUUAUCUUAACAAUGCCGAUAACCAGGUCGAGAUUACGGAAGUAUUUGAGAUUAAUGAGACGACCGUGCCUUUGUGUGACCUUGACCCCUCGUCGUCUCACCACGACGGAUCGUCAACGGUCGAAAUUGAAGAGAUUUUUGAUGAUAAUGAUCCAAAUUUUGUUCAACUUACAAACUCUCAACUGCCCCUCAGCCACAACGUUAUGCCAAUCGUGGCAGAGAUUUAAGCUUAUCAAGGAUGAUUACCUUAUCGCAGCAACAGUCACCAAAUGAACCUUUACGAAAGAAAGGUUACAUAUUAUGCAUUCCUAUUCAAAUAAUUCCAAACCUAACUAACUGAUUUCACAAAUAUAAGUAAUUAUGUAAUUAUAGAGUUAAAUGUAAGAAUAGUUACCUUAUUAUUUUUUGUUUCGUGUACAAAUAUACUAAUUGUAAAGUACGAAAUACGAUCCAGUCCAGUCCAGUAUGCUAAUUAAUAAUUAAUUGCUAAUUACUAAUUACCUGACACAUAAGAAUCCCUUAUUAAUUAUGUGAUACGUAAGUAAUUUAGUAAAUUAAGUUGGAUACUUUGCAUUGCUAAUAGUCCUCGUCAAGCAAUGUGCUGCGGUCAGUCGGUCGGUCACGUCCUUUCGUACUUAUCGCAGAUAAGAUAAAUAGUCGUCGUAAUAUAUUUUAUACUAAAUAGUUACCUGGUUUAAUUAAGAGUACGUAUCUGGAGUGGACAUUGUAUUUACGACGUUAUUUUAUUUUAUAAAUGCUUAAUUUUUGCAAAUCGUAUUUUUUGCAUAGUUUUUAUUAUUAAUUGGAUAAUUUUAACGCUUUGAUUUUACGUACGUGUAAUAAUUAUGCAAAUGAGAUUCUGUACCAAUAAUGAGUAAGAUAUGCACAUGAGCGGUGAAUACUAAUAAAGAAACAAAGAUCAAAAUG